GUCAGUUAGAGGGAGAUAACCCGUAAACACUCAGCCAAAUUAGGAUUCAGACGGAAAAAUGCGUGCUCAAACGUCGCCAUUUCCUUGGCGAUGUUGCAGUGCAUGUUAUAUGAAUCCACGACUGAUGAUCGCUGAUGUAUUCGCCACUGUGGAUAGACAGCAGAGACUAUGAACAGACAGUCCUGACAGAACAGUAACCUAAAAGGACUCCAAUAACAGCGCGACUCCCUUCGUUUAAUUUAAACGGUUCGAACCUACUGGGGCAUCAGGAACAAAAAUAAGUUACUGGCUUUGGUCGAUAUGGAUUUAGACACGCCUCUUGAUCUGCUGUCUUCUGUUCCACCACCGCCUUCUGAUCCACAGUCUCCUGUUCCACCACUUGAUCCACAGUCUCCUGUGCCACCACCACCACCUGAUCCACAGUCUCCUGUGCCACCACCACCACCUGAUCCACAGUCUCCUGUGCCACCACCACCACCUGAUCCACAGUCUCCUGUGCCACCACCACCACCUGAUCCACAGUCUCCUGUGCCACCACCACCACCUGAUCCACAGUCUCCUGUGCCACCACCACCACCUGAUCAACAGUCUCCUGUGCCACUGCCUCCUCCUCUCAGCCAAUUUCCAUUGCCAUCUCUUUUUGAAGAAGACCGCUCUCCAACAAGUGGGAGCAGGGGUUUUGGUCUUUCAGAUAUUGAGCAAGCAACCAAGAUGCGCCAAAAGGAGAUGCAGUUCAAAAUUGUCGGAGCAAUAGAACGACAGGACGUUCGACUGCUGACAUCACUAAUAAACGGGGGAGUCCACCUGGACGCUGUUAUUCUGUACGCGAAGACGCCACUCACAUACGCACUGGAACUAGGUCACAGUGACAUGGCUUGUCGACUCAUCCGUGCAGGAUGUGAUGUCGAAAAAUUUGUGGAAACAAGCAUGGGGUUAAAACCUGUCCAUUUUGCUGUCCUUAGAAACUGUACCAAUGCAUUAAAAGAACUGUUAGCCCACAGGGUCGAUGUUAAUGGCACAGAUUCAGGGAAAACAACAGCAUUACAUUAUGCUUGUUUCUUCGGGUUUGAAACUACGGUCAGUAUUUUACUUUCAAACAAUGCAGACAUCACUUGUAGUGACAGUUGUGGAAGAACACCAUUACAUCGUGCAAUAGAACGAGGUCAUCAAAACAUUGCAGAGAAUCUGAUCAAACAUGGAGCCUCUGUGAAUUCCCAGGAUAUAUUUGGAUGGCCACCAUUGUUUCAGCCAAUCAUCUUCAAUUCCGAGAGGAUGGUAGUAUUUCUGAUAGAACAAAACUGUGAUUUGAGUAUUAGUGAUCACCAUGGAAACACUGCGCUACAUCUUGCUUGUGAUAGAUGUUCACCAAACAGUACACAAGUCCUAGUGUCCACCUCAAUAGAAUAUCAGAAACGAAAGAAGAAAAUUCCAACAGAAGAAUUAACCAAUUUACUGAUUGGUCAGAACUCCAAACCAUGUCACUCAAUGAUCAAGUUGCUGGUCAAUGCAGGUGCAUGCAUCAACGUCAGAAACAGAGCACACGAGACACCAAUGUAUUUGUCUUCCUUCUCACAAGACUUCACACUCACAGAGUAUUUGUACCUCGCUGGAGGAAAGGUCGAUAGACUAUGGCUACAGCUUUGCGAUGACGUCCACCUCGUCAGACAUGGUACCGAUGUAUAUGCCCCACAACGCCAUCAGUUUGAACCAUUACUGGAUGAGCAGUUCAGUCUUUCUCAUCAGUGUCGAAUGUGUAUCAGAUUGAUUCUUGGACAGACAAGAAACAUACGGGAUGCCAUUUCUGAGUUACCCAUUCCCCCCAAAAUAAAGGCCUACAUUAACGCAUGUGAACUGAUGUUAGAAUUGGUUGACAAAAAGGAACUUCAAACAAUGUUCACUUAAGACUAAUGUUUGAUGUCACUAGAGAAUAUGAAAUCAUAAACAUUUUCCUACAUAUUUUAUGACAGAAACAUAAAAAAAAAGAUAAAAUAAUUUUAAAAACAUAGCACAAAUGUACAAAGAAGUUAAAAACCAAAGUUAAGUACCCUAUCAAAAUCAAAAUAAUGUGACUUUUACAUUUAAUGAGAUUAUAUUACAACAAAUUAUAGAGGUCAUGCAAGGUCAACUUGAAGAUCAGCAUGCAUGUAAUAUUAAUAAUAUAAUAUUCUAUAGCAUUUAAACACAGGCGUCUAGCUUCUGGUAGGUAUCUCCUACUCUUUCUAUAUCAACAAGGUGUAACACUUGAAGAUCAGAUGUAUCAACUGUGGAAUUGAAGUAGGCUAUUGAGUGGUCCAAAUGGUCGACAAUUAUAGUUAUUAUUGUUCACAGAACUGUCAACCAAUCAGAUUGCCCCUUGCAUACUGCUCUAAAAUAUACAGACUACUUCCGUUUCACAGAGGAUGCAUGGCCGGCUAUUAGGCACCACUUUUGAUACAUUUUCUCAUCUUUGAAUCAUUGUCACACGACAAAAGAAAAAUAUACAUUGGAAGGAUUCUAAACAAAGGUACAUUACUGAAGUUUUUGUGCCUUUGAUAUUUUAGUCGGAUUGAGCAAACACUCAAAAUGAAUCAAAGCUCCUAAUCAGACAAUUGACCAGGUAAGCACAGUUGUCCUAAUCAGACAAUUGACCAGGUAAGCACAGUUGUCCUAAUCAGACAAUUGACCAGGUAAGCACAGUUGUCCUAAUCAGACAAUUGACCAGGUAAGCACAGUUGUCCUAAUCAGACAAUUGACCAGGUAAGCAUACUUGUAUGUAUGAGAGGUCUUGCUUAUCAAUCAUCUACACUAUCAUCUCUGUACACUGAGAUGGCAGUGUAGAGCAUAGAAUGAUGUGUGAGAAUAUUUAUAUUUUCCCAGUUUAUGGCCCCAACUGCAUGUCCCUGCUGCAGCGUAUCCAGAAAGCCCAGAUAGCUUUAGCUCAGAUAUCUUGUAAACUUAAUACAUGUACAUUUAUUUGACUGGUCAAUGUGAACAGAGUGUAUUGACACUGGAUGAUUUAUCAAGGUUCAUUCACCGUGUUUAUUGGUUUAAGGAGAUCCAAAAUUUCACCUAAGGGGAAAAACUCUUACUUUAGUGAAUUAAUCUCAAUAAAUGCAA